AUGGACGGUGACGUGGGAGCGAUGAGCGACGGCCUGGACGGUCCUCUGAGCCCGAGGCACCUCACCGGGUUGGGGAUGAGCUGUCUGCUCUCCCCAAAGAACAGACACUCCGGACCGGGCCUCACCAGCCUUCAGGAGUUCAGCCAGUGGCUGCCUUACCGCCACGACGCCAGCCUGCUGCCCAUGAAGGAAGACCUGGCCUUCUGGCUCAGCACCAUGAUGGGCGUGGAGCUCACAGCAGACCGUCUGAUGGAGAGGCUGGAUAACGGCGUUCUCCUCUGUCAGCUGGCGCAGCUGCUGCAGGAGAAGAUGAUCCACGCCAACAGCAACAAGCCUUUCAUAAGACGAGUGAUCCACUGGCGAGCUGACGCAACUUCUGGAUCGUUUUUCGCCCGAGACAACACGGCCAACUUCCUGUACUGGUGUCGAAAGAUCGGCGUUGAUGAGGCUUACCUGUUUGAGUCGGAGGAUUUGGUCCUCCACAAGCAGCCCCGGGAGGUGUGUCUGUGCCUGAUGGAGCUGGGACGCAUCGCGGCCAGGUUUGGAGUGGAGCCACCAGGACUGGUCAAACUGGAGAGGGAGAUCGAGCAGGAGGAGGCGGGCUGCUCCUCUCCAUCAUCCCCUCUCUCCUGCUUUCCUCCUGCUUCGUUGUACUCGCCAUCACAGCCGUCGCUGCCCCCGGCGCCCUCCCCCCCACCGCCUCCACCAGCUCCCCUCACUCCGAGCGCCACCCGUCCGUCUGAACCCCUCGCCGCCUCCCUCGCCUCUGAUCUUCCAUCAGCCGCGACAGACCCGGAGCCGACGUGUUCAUCCCCCCCUCAGUGCUCGCUCUCAGCCUCUAACCUCUGCACCACCACCGUCUCAACACAAACGCCUUUGUUCUCCUCGUCCUGCACCACCAGCACACCUGCUUCGACUCCGCCGGGCCAAACCCUGGUAUCUGCUGCCAAAGUCUGUCCUACCCCAGUAAACAGCCACCCUCCUGCUGCAGCUCCUCCACCCCCCAUCACCUCCCCACCAGCAGCACAGGCUCCUCGCUCGUCCAACAGAUCGGCGAGCCGGAGGAGCGCCCGCACCACCAACACUUUGGAUGACAUUGUGAGAAACAUCAUUGAAAAUCCCCCCUGCAGCUGCCCCGCCAAGUUCCUCGUUGAGAAGCAACCGAAAGGCUGCUACCGUGUCGGGGACAAAGUUCUGUACAUACGGAUGCUGAAUGAGCGUCAUGUGAUGGUGCGCGUGGGCGGAGGAUGGGAGACCUUCAUCAGCUACCUGCAGAAACAUGACCCCUGCAGAGGAGGAGGAGGAGGGCUGGCAGGCAGACCUGAGGUCAGGGUCUGUCGGGACAAAGCCAAGCCAAGCAGCCUGAACAGCUCACCUGACAGCUACAUGGUGGUCGGCGCCCAUCACCGCGGUAAGAAGUAG